AUAUAUGUACAUACAUACAAGUACAAUUUCCGGAGAGUCAUGGUUUAUCAGCUGAUGACACAGCGUCAGUAAUUGAUUGAAUCUGCAUCUUGCAUUUGCGUUCCGCGACGUCUAAUGAAGCAAUAUGUGGUGUCGUAACAUCUUGAGAACACAUACUAUCCGCAAUAAGCCGGCUAUGUUCGCCUCCCUACAAUGUUUGACGAAUAACCAUCUCAUGUUGAAGCAUCCAGCGCGACGUUUACUUGUUUCAGACCGACGUGAAUGUACGAUCGGCGACGUUAUCGAUCAAUGGAGUCGCCGAUUCGAAAAUGAAGGCAUACCGGAGCCAAUAAAGUCGAUAGAGCAUAUAGUGGCACAUGUUAUAGGAACCAAAAAGAUAAUAGAUAUUUUAAACGUCAGAAAUGAUCCUCUCAACGCGAGUCAGAUCGAGAAAGUGGAGUCAUUAUGCGAAUGUCGAUUGUCUAGUCCUUGCAGGAUGCCAGUUCAAUAUAUUAUCGGCGAAUGGGAUUUCCGAGACAUUACCGUGAAGCUUGUACCACCGAUCUUUAUUCCUCGACCCGAGACCGAAAUACUGGUGGAUUUUGUGUUGAAAAGAUUGAGUACAUCGCAAGCCGAUAGUUGUGAAAUCCUAGAAAUCGGUUGCGGCUCAGGAGCUAUAUCGCUGGCUCUCGCUCAUGCUUGUAAAACGAUAAAGUGCACAGCAAUCGACGCGAGUCCACACGCUUGCGAUUUAACGAUGAUAAAUCGGAAGAAAUUAAACCUAACAGAGCAAAUUACAGUAAUACACGCUACUCUAAACUCGGAUGCUAGUAUCGAAAUUUUGAAUAACUUGAAUGGUGCCGAUAAUCUGGAUUUGAAUUCAAGACUGUUCGAUUUUGUGAUCAGCAAUCCGCCGUAUGUGCCAACGAAGACGAUACCAGAAUUGCAACCUGAGAUAAGGAUUUAUGAGGAUCUCAGAGCAUUGGAUGGUGGCGAUGAUGGACUGAAGGUGAUCAAACCGCUUCUAAGAUACGCUGCCAAAGCUUUAAAGCCUGGCGGACGUCUCUUCAUAGAGGUUGAUCCUUCUCAUCCGGAAUAUGUACAGUUUUUUACAAAUAAGUAUUCCGAUUUAAAGCUUCAUCACGAACACACUUACAAAGAUUUUUGCAAUAACGAUCGUUUCGUGGAAGUAAUAAAAGUCGCUUGAAGUGAUUCUUGACGAGCUGUAUUAUUAUAUAUAUAUUUUUUAUAUGAUUAUUUUGUAGAAAAGUCUAAAUAAAACUGGCGACACACGUAUAUUAGAUUAUAUAUAUUAAUAAGUUUAUUGCAUACUUUAUCUGAGUUACAGAGAUUUCAUAUGUGAAUGAAUCAGUCAAGAAGUUCUUAGUAUUUUUAUAGUUUAAUCAGUCAAACUUUCUAUGCAUGGUUGUGUCGUAUUAAGUUUGCAAAUGUAUUCUAUAUUUAAAGUAAUGAUAUAUACAGUGAUUAACAAGUUAAAUUCGGUGGCACAAUUUUGAGUUGUUACAACAAAACGAUGACUUCUUUUUUGUUUCUUAUUGUAAUGCUUAUACUUUCGUGUAGGUAUGAUAUAUGUAAAAUGUUUUGUUGUGUUAUAUUAUAGUCCAUAUAAUGGAAAACAUCGACAUCGAGUUAUAAAAUUUUGUGAAAAA